AUGGAUGUCCCUCAAGUUCCUGGUGGUGAUACUCUUGCUGCUAUUGACAAUGAUCAAGUACUUAUCAAAAAAUGGACUGUCCGAAAGGAUAACCAAGCACAGAUUAGUGUUCUAACCAGUGUUUGUGUGGCUCCAGUCCAUCCACAGGCAACUUUGCAGUCGGACCAAAGUCUUUCUCCAGGGUAAGUAAAAGUGUACAUGGUCACUCUAAGUCUGCUACAUGUACUUCUUAUUUCUGUAAUAUUUUGUUUUUAAUUUGCUUUAAUAUUUUACACUUAAAUGCGGAAAAGCGGCAAGCUGUAACAGCUGCACUGAUAACUAAGGCAAGGAACUUAAUGAAUGACCUGGGUUGCCACUGGUCAGGAAAUGGUUAAAGAAAAGAAAAAUUCACAAAAUUUACAUGUAACAUGGUCCUUACUCUUUAGGGGAUGCAGUUUUCUGGUAAUAAUAGUUUGUGUUAAAGCUAAGCGAGAGAGGGGUGUACUUUCCACUGAUAAGGUACAACUACCUACAUUAUUUAGAAGUUGUAGAAAUAAAAAUGGUCAUGUAUUUCCUAAAAAUCAGUAAUGAUUGUUCAGGGUGUAAGCUCAAAUGAUAUUUUUUUGUACCAGGAAAUGUCUUGAAAGGUUACUUGUACAAUGUAGCAACUAAUACUUCUUGUCACAGCAACAUGUUCAAUGUAUACAAUUUAUAUUAUUGUUUCAGUUCAUGGUCUAAAAGAAGUGAACUUUGGAAGAAAAGUGAAGAGGAUAAGGUAUUAAAGCUUUUGGACAUGUGCUCUGCUUCAGAGGACAACAAGGGAUUGAUUUGCCACGAGGUAAAGGCUUUCAGAUGA